CCGGGAGAGCCAGGUUCUGCGAAAGUUUUCAAACUUUUUAAUACUUGGUUUGACUCUCAACUCGCAAAAGUGAUGACAGGCACGAGCAGAUUUUAAUAGGAUAUGCUCCCAACUUACCAGUUUUGGGUAAAACUAAGGAAACACUUUUGCUUCUUUUCUUACUGCCGGUUGAGUUCCUUAGCUUCAAAGUAUGACGUAAUUGUUGUUGGUGGAGGUCAUGCGGGAACUGAGGCUGCAGCUGCUUCCUCACGAAUGGGUUGCAAAACUCUACUUAUUACUCACAAAAUAAGUACAAUAGGUGAAAUGUCUUGCAACCCAUCUUUUGGUGGCAUCGGAAAAGGGCACUUGAUGAAAGAAAUUGAUGCACUGGAUGGUGUUUGUAGUCGCAUUUGUGAUAAGUCAGGCAUUCAUUAUAAAAUGCUAAACAAGGCCAAAGGACCUGCUGUUUGGGGUCAUCGCGCUCAAAUUGAUCGAUCAAUAUACAAGAAACUUUUGCAAGAAGAACUUUUUCAAACACCAAAUUUAGAAAUACAUAGUGCUACUGUUGAAGAUCUACUUCUCAAAACGAUGAACUACAAUGAUAAUACUCAGAAAGUAGUUUGUGGGGUUAAACUUGGUGAUGGACAUGUUAUACAUAGUAAAACUGUAAUAAUUACAACUGGUACCUUCCUGAGGGGAAAAAUCAACAUUGGUUUGAAAUCAUAUCCAGCUGGCCGUAUGGACGAUGCACCAGCUAUUGGCCUAGCUGUUACCCUCGAAAAGGAAAACUUCAAAUUAGGGAGACUAAAAACUGGAACACCUCCUAGAAUAAAAUCAUGCUCCGUUAACCUUUCAGAAGUUCAAUCUAUGUUUGCUGACAAUCCACCAGCACCAUUUUCUUUCAUGAAUGAAAAAGUUUGGAUCAAACCUGAAGAUCAAAUCCCAACAUAUAUGACUCACACUACUCCAGAUGUCGAUAAAAUUAUAUUAGACAACCAGCAUUUGAAUUUACAUGUUCAAGAAGAAACUCAAGGACCACGCUACUGUCCAUCAAUUGAGUCAAAGAUUAUGAGAUUUGGGGGACGUUCUCAUCAGGUUUGGCUUGAACCCGAAGGAUUGGAUUCAGAUGUAAUAUAUCCUCAAGGGCUUUCAUGCACUCUUCCAGAAGAUUUACAGCUCAAAAUGUUAAGAUAUAUACCAGGGCUUCAAAAUGCAGUUAUGUUGAAGCCAGGUUAUGGUGUCGAGUAUGAUUUCAUUGAUCCUCGUCAACUGAAGCCGACACUUGAAACUUUCAAAGUAAGAUGUUUAUUUUUAGCUGGGCAGAUAAAUGGUACUACAGGUUAUGAAGAAGCUGCAGCUCAGGGAAUCAUUGCAGGAAUCAAUGCUGCAUGUUCUGUACAAGAUGUUGCACCAUUCAUCGUUAGCAGAACAGAAGCUUACAUUGGAGUUUUAAUUGAUGAUCUGACCACUUUGGGAACUUUAGAACCUUACCGCAUGUUUACGAGUCGAGCUGAGUUUAGACUAUACUUAAGGCCUGACAAUGCUGAUUUUCGUUUAACUGAAAAAGGUUACAAAGUGGGAUGUGUUUCACAGAAACGUUAUUCACGCUUUGUAAAAACAAAGAGCUUAUUAGAAGAAACUAUCGAAGAAAUGAAAUCAGUUACUAAAAGUCCUAAAGAGGUGAACUUAACUUCAAAAUGCCCAUUAAAAAAAAACAUCUUUGAAUAUUUAGUAGUCCCUGGUGUAACUCUUGAAAAAGUUUUGGAAUAUUUGCCUGAAAACUUGAAAAACUCUAAAGAAUUUUCACGCAUUUACCCUCGUGUUUGUAUAGAAGCUUUAUAUUCAUCAUUUCUUGAUAAACAAUUGGCUUUAAUUAAUGAACUUAAAGAAGAGGAAGAACUUCUACUUCCAGAUGAUUUUGAUACCAUGAUGAAAAAUAUACAAGUUUCUAAUGAAGUGAGAAAAAAACUCUUAGAAGCAAGACCAAUAAGUAUUGGUGCUGCAAGACGAAUUCCUGGUAUAACACCAUCAGCAUUAACUGUACUUUUGUAUUAUGUAAAAAAGAAAAACUCCUGUGAAGUAUGUUAAAUUUCAGAGGAUUUAUUUUAGUGAAAGAAUACAUCAAUGUUUUACUUCAAGGUGUUCUACUUUCACAUAUUGCAUCCUGGAAAUAGAAGUGACACAACUCUGACAAAAAAAAUCGUUGGAGAAACUAAAGGUUUUGGCCAAUACUAUAAGGGGAAUUCAAAUGAAACCAGGUCAAUAGUGUUAAGUAACAGCAGAGAUUUCAUAAUAGUUGGCACAUUUAUCCCAUUGCGACACUAAGCGGUCAAUUCCAUCUUUAAAGAAGCUAGUAGGUUGCUAUCGGAUCUAGGACUGAACCCAGUCGCACACUUGAUCGUCCACUGUGAUAUCCGCGAUAUUCGAUGUGUCGUCUGCAAAUAGCUUGUAUUAGAGGUCCAAAAACAUAAAAAGUCACACGGUGAAAGGUCUGCGUGGUGGAUGUUCCAGCUCCACCCUUUCCCACUGAAACUACUACACUUCGUCUUCACCGCAGCCAUAUGUGGACAACAUGCCUGGCCGUUUCGAGUUAAUGGCUCUGUAAAGUGGCUUGAUAACACUGGGCAUUGAUGGUGGUUGCCAGUUUCAGGUACUCAACAAGCAGUGGGCCUCCUCCCCGAGUGGGCCCUUGUAGUCAAAAUAGGACAUGUUUUGUAGUGGAUAACUUGUGUGACCACCUUUAACCAUGCUGUCACUGUGCAACAUAAAACGUUGUGCAUGCAUGAGUCUCUCUACCAAUAAAUGGUGUCUCCAUACAUGCAGUUACAUGGCAUCGGCUAAAUGUGAAGUUAGACGGCUAUGUGUUAUCUGCUAAUGUGAGGUUAGAUGCAUCGACUUGGUUCCAUUUGAGUGAACCUUUUCAACCAAAACUAGCAGUUGCCAUUGACAAAGAAAAAAAAAGUUUUUUGAGCAACUAAAAAAUGCAUUGCUGGUCGCCAACAAUAGCAGCCUACACUUUCUUCAUUUAUUCCCCC